AUGCAUCUCUCGUCAUUCUCAGCUGUGGUCGUCGUACUAGUAUCGACAAACCUUGCCCUCUCCGCACCACUUCCAGACCCGCAUCCAAGCCCUGCUCCAGUGCCCUCGCCGAUUUGGCACUUGAUCAAAGUUUACUUUCAAAAUCCAAAUCCAGCUCUCCUCCAUCACACAAUCAUGCUCCGUACCAUCAUCAAGACCAUGGAGCGCCGCCGCACCAAAGCUAUGGACCACUGCACCACAUGGACCACGAACGACAGCAUCACCACUCAGAUUUUGGUCAUACAGGCCAUCACGAUCCUUAUGCUCCCUCCAACCCUCACGGCUCGUAUAGUCAUGAACAAUCUCACUGGCAACAUGACGAAGAACACCGGUUCAGCGGCACCCAUUCAAGUGGGUACUCGCCGCAUGACCACGCUUCAUCUCGCCGCAUGA